CCAAGCAUCAUCUCUUGCAGCGUGUCGGGGCCGUCACUUGGGGGCGGAGCCUGUCGGUCCGUGUCGCUCGUCGCCCACACUGAUGCCUCCUCACAACCAGAGAGGGUGUUACAAGUGAGCGCCGACAGGAGGACAAAUCUCAUCAUCAUCAUGAGGAAGAUCACCGGCAAACACUUGCUGUGCCUCUUCUUGCUUUCCAUCCCGCUGUCCUGGGCAGAGGACACGAAGAAAGAUGUGAGGAAGACUGAGAAUGACACAGUUUGGAGCCAGGUGAAGACCAGGCGACUGUUUGCGAGGCGAAAGAUUUCUCCACCACAGGAAAGUCGCAUCCCUAAGCACAGGUCAAACGUCAUGACUCCUGCGCGUCGCUGCAGCCGCCUGAUGGAAAACUGCUCCUCUCACGUGCCGUGCUGUGACCCCUGCGCCUCCUGCCGCUGUCGACUCUUCAACACCAUCUGCCACUGCUGGAGAAUGAACCCCCUGUGCUUAAAGAAGACGUGCAGUUCGGAGAAUAUUCUUAGUCUUCGGCACGAAGAAGAGACAAACAAGAAAACCACAAACCUGAGGUUAAGUGUGGACUGUGUAGUUUAGGGGAAGAAAACAGCAGAGAAAACUCAUACUUAACUGAGUUUUCAUGCCUUAAAAAAAAAAACUAAAUAAGCAAACUGACCUUAAAGGUGCUAUUUGUGAGAAAAAACACAUCACAUCAUUAUUUGAUGAGUUGGGAAUGAGACUCAAAAAAUAUUUUUUUCUUGUUAAUAGCACCUUAAAGGAUAACACAACAUCAUACUUUGUACGUGGCGGACCCUGCGAUCUUUCUAGCUUCAAACAGUAUUCAGGGGACCUUAUUUUUCUCUGAGAGCAGCUUGUUUAUUCAGUUCUAUAAAUAUUUCUGAGUUGGUAUUAUUACCCCAUUGAUGUUGUAAAAAUGUAAACUCUAAGAUUUGAAACCUAAUACUGCCCCUAAAGAUUAGAGUUCUUUCCAUCGCCUGUGGCUUCAGCACAGACAAUAGAAAGAAAGAUGGUGAUCAAAGUUUGACGCUUGUGUUUUUCUGUCGUCAGUCUCCUGAGAAAUGAAGAAGAAAGUACUCACAGAAAUGUUUACAGGAUAUCAAAAAUACCCAUCAUACAAUUUAACAAAGGACACUCAUGUGUGUAGACAAUCACGUGUAAAGUGUGUGCUGUGCCUCCGGUAUUACCCACACUGUUGCUGCUUUUCUGUUGUGUUUCUUACCGCUCUCCUGUCAUGUUAAGCAUGUGGGAGCCCACAAUGACUAGAUUUACAUCAGAAACAUGUGUGGGUCCUCUCACCAGUUAUACAUGUGGAUUUAUGAGUUAAAGCUACUGUAUAUUUUUGCUAUUGAAUAAACACUUCAUAAGCCUCCA